AUAGAUAUAUAAGCAAGAGGGAACAUGACACACAGCAUCAGUUUACCGACAAACACGAUCUAAGCACAACUCCAGAAAUGGCUUUCAAGCUCAUCGCCUUCGCCGCCCUCGUGGCCGUCGCUAGCGCCGGAGUCAUCGCUCCCGCUCCCGUGGCCUACCACGCCGCCCCCGCCUACGGCUACGCCGCCCCAAUCGCCAAGGCCGUUGACGCCGACUACGACCCCAACCCCCAGUACAGCUACUCCUACGACGUCCACGACACCUUGACCGGAGACGCCAAGAGCCAGCAGGAAACCCGCAACGGAGACUCCGUCGAGGGCAGUUACUCCCUGAUCGAGGCCGACGGAACCCGUCGCAUCGUCCACUACACAGCCGACCCCCACAACGGAUUCAACGCCGUCGUCGAGAAGGAACCUGCCGGCCACGGACACGUCGUCCCGAAAUACGCACCAGCCCCCGUCAAGAUCGCCGCCCCCGCCGCCCACGUCAGCUACGCUGCCCCCGCUCACGGAUACUACCACUGAUAUGUUUAGUUUAGGAAACCUGAAUAGUGCUUUUAUUUUAUAAUUUCCUGUAAAUAAACCUUAUUUACCAAUUAA